AUGUGGGAGGAAUUCAACAAGAUAUGGACCGAUGAGAAUAUUACGAAGUCAAUAAUUGAUGCUCGUGGUAUUACAUCUGACUUCUGUUCAUGGUUUCUGUUUUAUCUACAACAGGCUGUAGCAAAAACCUAUCUACAAUGUGAUUCUACUGCUCUGGUAAAUGAUUUGGAUUUGUCAGAUGCUGAACAGGAAUCUGUUGCAUACAUUGCUGGUGCGGUAUUAAAAAAUGUAGGUUCCAAACUGUGCGAGUUAAAGUGGAAAAUUGCAAGCAAUGGUCAAGAUGUUGCUACAGUGGAUAAAGACAUUACAAUACUUAAUGCCUGCAAGGAAACAAGGUCAGAUGGGUUGGGUAGCACCAGUACCUCCACUAAACUGAUUGAAGCUUUAAGUCGAGGAGGUCUUAUUUACCCUAAGGCAUCGAUUAUUAAUAUGUUCUUAGUUAUUGAGGGUAUUUUAGGCAAAAAAAUAAUUCUAGUUCAAAACAAAUUUGUACGGAUUCUCUACUAUCUGAGUCACUGGGGAAUGUAUCAGUUCAAAAUAAUUUCCUUGAUGCAACUGCACAUGAAAUUGUUGAACAUGCAUGAACAAAAAUUUAAAAUGCUUGAAAAGUUUUUAAAUUUUUACCUCAAAGUUAGAUGUUAUGUCCAUGCAAAGUAUGUUAUUGAAAACUAUAGAGUAGACACCAAAACCGAACGUAAGAAAAAAGCACUAAGGAAAAAGUUAAAGCUUUCUGAAGACGGAAAUUAA